CAACAAUCAACAUUUUCCCCAUAAUUCAUCCUCAGGGAAUUCAAACCAGCCCACAUUUUCUCUCGAUCUGUUCAUUUUCAGUUUAUUCAAAUUUUAAAGAUGCUUAAGAUCCCAUCUCAUCAAGUUGCUGGACACCAUGCAAGUAGCGCGACACGCGGGCCCCUCAUCGAUGAUUCGGGCCGCUUUUACAAACCUCUUCAAGGCGAUGAACGUGGGUCAGCUGAAGUAACUUUUUACGAUCAGUUUACUUCCAACACGCAAAUACCGGAUCAUAUUCGUAAAUUCUUCCCUAUUUAUUACGGCACUAAAGUUAUGCAAGCAUCAGAUGGAUCCGAGCAUCCGCAUAUCGUGUUAGAAGAUCUCACCACACAUCGAGAAAAUCCCACCAUAAUGGACAUCAAAAUCGGGUCCCGAACAUGGGGCCCGGAUGCAUCUAACGCGUACAUUGAAAAAUGCAUGAAACGAGACCGUGAAACCACUACCGUCAAGUUAGGGUUUAGGAUAUCGGGUUUACAAAUAUACAUUAACGAAGGGGUCGGGUAUUAUAAGCCGACUAGAGAUCUUGUACUCAAAAGUAGCGUAGAUGAUGUUAGAUUGUUUUUUAAGAAAUUCGUGUCGUCUGACCCGAACGUGGAAUCAGGUAUGGGUCCGGACCGUGAUUUGGCAUCCGUGGUGUAUGGUGGGCCCAAUGGGAUUUUGGCCCAAUUGUUGGAGUUAAAGGCAUGGUUUGAGGAUCAAACUAUAUACCAUUUUAGUGCUUGUUCACUUCUUUUCAUGUUUGAAAAGGGGUUGGUUUUAGAAGGGGGGAGUCCAAAUGCACAAGUGAAGAUUAUUGAUUUUGCUCAUGUUACUGAGGACGUAACGGUGUGAUUGAUCAUAACUUCUUGGGUGGGUUAUGCUCUUUGAUAAAGUUUAUUUCUGUGGCAAUCGGAGAUCAAAAUGGACAUAGCUAAU